UUAAAAUAUGGAGCAAAUAAUUCUAGUACAAAAGAAACUUUUAAGUCUUGUAGAAUUUGUCAAACCGUUUCUACCAUUUCUUAACUCUCACAUGGUGAGUUUUUUAACAGAUAAUUAUUGGUUGAAGUUUGUACCUAAUGAUGUUCGGAUCGAGAUUGAAAAUAUGGGUCAUGAAGCAUUUAUGACUUUGUUUCAUGACAUAUAUUCUGGAACUCAGUUCAAUUCUGGUUAUAAAAACACAAUAAAUUUCUUGAAGAGUACAAAUUCUUUGCAAUUACUUGAUGGUGAUGUAUGCCCUACAUUAUCUGAUUUGUGUUUAAAAUUAAAUAUAAAUAAAUAUUAUUUACCAUUAGAAGGUCUACAAAAAAUAAUGUCUGACAAAAAGACUCAUGAGGUGAAUAUUGUAAGUGCAAUUACAAACUUUUUAUGCAGAAAUUCAGAAUCAUCAUUGACUGUCGUUGACAUAGGUGGAGGUAAAGGUUAUUUAUCAUCACUCUUAGCAAUGGAAUAUAAGCUUAAAGUAAUAGGAGUUGAUUCAAACCAGACGAACACUCAUGGUGCAGCAAAAAGAGAUUUGAAAUUGAAGAAACAUUGGCAAGGCAUAACAAGUAAACUGUCUCGACAUCUCAAUGACAUGGCUAUUAGUAAUUCAUCACAAGAUGAAUUAUAUAAACUAAUAACUCAAUAUGUAGAUGAAUCAACCAAUUUAAAGGAAUUAGUGAAACAAUCUUAUCCAAAUGAUGAAUUUUCUGGGAUUUGCAUGACUGGUCUACAUACUUGUGGCAACUUGGCUUCCUCUAGUUUACGAAUAUAUAGUAGCAACAAUGAUGUCAAAUCCAUUUUAAAUGUUGGAUGUUGUUACCAUUUAUUGGACGAGCAAUAUGAUGAUACAGAUUCAACUAGCAAUAAUUAUGGUUUUCCAAUGAGCAAUUUGUUACAUAUGGAUAAAUUUGCAUUAGGCAGAAAUGCUAGAAUGCUAGCUUCUCAAUCAAUAGAUCGUAAAGUGCACUUGAAAGAAAAUUUAAAUAAAAGUCUACUAUAUAGGGCUGUUCUGGAAUUACUGAUCCAUAAACAUUGUGACAAAAAUUUGGAUGUGCAUGUAGGCAGAAUUGGCGCAAAAUGUAAAACAUUUUCAGAAUAUGUAAAUACAGUUUCAGAGAGAAAGAACUUAGGCUUGAAAUUUUCAGAUGAACUUUUAGAGGAUCUUAUAAAAAAUCAUGAAGAAAAUUGGUUAAAAUUACAAAGCUAUCAUGCUUUGAAAAUGUGCUUUGCACCUAUUUUAGAAUUAAUUAUAGUUUUAGAUCGUUACUUGUACUUGUUGGAGAAUGGUUAUAAUAAUACAUAUUUGAUCAAACUUUUUGAUCCUGUUAUAUCACCUAGAUGUUAUGCUUUAAUUUCUGUUAAAUGA